ACCCUUAUUAUUAUUAUUAUAUAUAAAAUGUUGUUUCGUUUUGGUUGUGAAAAUCUAGUUUGAUAUGGAGAGGAAAACCCAGUUUUAACCGGGAGUUGGAGCAAACCGAACUAGUUGAAGCCAUUACGAAGCUAAUAGGUGCCAGAACAAGCAGCUAAGGUUAGGAUUACUACGGAUUGCCAAAGAAAUCGCCUACCGCUAACUCACUUUGAGAUUUGUCGGCUACUUCCCCCGUAGAAGGAUACAGAAAUUUCGGUGGGAUCUUCUCUCUUGGCCUAUAGUCACUUUUUAUCAAUAUAAUUAUCAGCUUCAUAUGUUAAAUAGCCCUUUGGUGGAGGGAGGUUGAUUAUAAAAGAUGCCAUCUCUUCAGUUGUUGCAUUUAACCAAGCAUCGCCACGAUAUUCUUGCUUCAAGGAGGAAAACUUUGCUAUUUGCCACUGGUGUUGUUCUUGUUGGUGGGACUGCUGCAUAUUUGCGAUCACGGAGCAGCAAUGAAAAGUCUCCAUCCUUUAACCAUUACAAUGGGCUUGAUAAUAAAGACGAGAGAUCUACGAAUCUGGCAACAGAUGGUGGUAGGAUCAAGAAAGGCACGCAGAAGAGUGGGGGACUGAAGUCACUUCAUGCACUUGCCGCUAUUCUGUUGUCUAAGAUGGGCAAAAAGGGUGCCGGAGAUUUGUUAUCUUUACUGGGUAUAGUGGUAUUACGAACUGCUCUGAGCAAUAGACUAGCAAAAGUUCAAGGAUUUCUUUUCCGUGCAGCAUUUCUUCGACGUGUUCCCUUGUUCUUACGUUUGAUUUCAGAGAAUCUGCUCUUAUGUUUCCUUCUCUCAACUCUUCACUCUACUUCAAAAUACGUGACUGGGAUCUUAAGUAUACAUUUCAGAAAAAUUUUAACACGACUCAUUCACACUCACUAUUUUAAGAAUAUGUCGUACUACAAAAUAUCACAUGUUGAUGGUCGAGUGACCAAUCCUGAACAACGAAUUGCAAGUGAUAUACCUCGGUUUUGUUCGGAGUUGAGUGAGCUUGUACAGGAUGAUUUAACAGCAGUGGUUGAUGGUCUGCUCUAUACUUGGCGCCUUUGUUCUUAUGCUAGCCCAAAAUAUGUUCUAUGGAUACUGGGCUAUGUAGCAGUAUCUGGAACCUUGAUCCGAAAUUUUUCUCCUCCGUUUGGGAAACUAAUGUCUAAAGAACAACAAUUUGAAGGAGAGUACCGUCAACUUCAAUCUCGUUUAAGAACCCAUGCUGAGAGCAUAGCCUUUUAUGGUGGAGAAAGAAGAGAAGAAUUUCAUAUUCUGCAAAAGUUUAAUACCCUCGUUGAGCAUUUGAAAAUUGUUCUUAAUGAACAUUGGUGGUUUGGCAUGAUUCAGGACUUUCUAGUGAAGUAUUUUGGUGCCACUUUUGCUGUCAUUUUGAUUAUCGAGCCUUUCUUUUCUGGUCAUCUCAGACCUGACUCUUCAACUUUAGGGCGAGCAGAAAUGUUGAGCAAUCUUAGAUAUCAUACUAGUGUUAUAAUCUCAUUAUUUCAGUCUCUUGGAACACUAUCUAUUAGUUCAAGACGUCUCAAUCGCCUCAGUGGUUAUGCUAGACGGAUUCAUGAGUUAAUGAUUGUGUCCAGAGAGUUGAGCGUUGAAUCUUCUCAGCCAGCAACUGGUGGUAUGAAUUGCUUUAGUGAAGCAGAUUAUAUUGAGUUUAAAGGAGUUAAGGUAGUCACUCCCAGUGGUAAUGUGUUGGUGGAUAAUUUGACUCUUAAGGUUAAACCAGGAUCCAAUCUUUUAAUUACAGGUCCAAAUGGUAGUGGGAAGAGCUCCCUUUUUCGAGUUCUAGGUGGCCUUUGGCCUCUGAUUUCUGGCCAUAUUGUUAAACCUGGGGUUGGCUCUGAUCUGAACAAGGAAAUUUUCUAUGUUCCUCAGAGACCGUAUACUGCUGUUGGAACUCUUAGGGACCAGUUAAUUUACCCACUAACUGCAGAUCAAGAAGUUGAACCACUCACACGUGAUGGAAUGGCAGAAUUAUUAAAAAAUGUUGACCUUGAAUAUUUGCUGGACCGUUACCCCCUUGAGAAAGAGAUAAACUGGGGUGAAGAACUCUCUCUAGGAGAGCAGCAAAGGCUGGGGAUGGCCAGAUUGUUUUAUCAUAAGCCCAAGUUUGCAAUUCUCGACGAAUGCACAAGUGCUGUCACAACUGAUAUGGAAGAACGAUUUUGCUCUAAAGUUAGAGAUAUGGGAACAUCAUGCAUUACAAUCUCGCACCGUCCAGCCUUGGUUGCUUUCCAUGAUGUGGUCUUAUCCUUGGAUGGUGAAGGAGGUUGGAGUGUUCAUUAUAAACGGGAGGAGGUUCCGCAGGGAGUCAUCAAUUCGAUGACACCUAAGACUGACCGUCAAAGUGAUGCAGUUGUAGUCCAGCAAGCAUUUUCCAGUCUUGAGAAGGCAUCUAGUUUCUCUAAGUCAGAUGCAGGAUCAUACAAUCCAAGGGUGAUAGCAACUUCACCUCCUGCAGAAAGUAUUGCUACUCGUCCAAUUGUUCCUCAACUUGAAGGAAUUCCCAGAAUAUUGCCACUGAGAAUUGCUGCAUUGAUCAAAAUAUUGGUGCCCACAUUAUUUGAUAAACAGGGAGCACAGCUGCUGGCUGUUGGUUUUCUUGUUUUAUCUAGAACAUGGAUAUCAGAUCGCAUUGCCUCAUUAAAUGGAACCACGGUAAAGUAUGUUUUGGAGCAGGAUAAGGCAUCUUUUAUUCGGUUGAUUGGAGUUAGUGUCCUGCAAAGUGCAGCUAAUGCAUUUAUUGCUCCUUCUCUAAGGCAUUUCACUGCAAGGCUAGCCCUUGGUUGGAGGAUUCGAUUGACAAAGCAUUUGCUGAAAAGUUACAUGAUGAACAAUGCAUUUUACAAGGUCUUUUAUAUGUCUAAUAAAAGUAUUGAUGCCGACCAGAGAUUAACAAAUGAUCUUGAGAAGUUGACAGCAGACCUGUCUGGGCUAGUUACUGGGAUGGUGAAACCUUCUGUUGAUAUUCUUUGGUUCACUUGGAGAAUGAAGAUGUUGACAGGUAGGAGAGGAGUUGCCAUUUUGUAUGCUUAUAUGUUGCUAGGUCUGGGUUUUCUAAGAACAGCUGCUCCCGAUUUUGGUGAACUAACUAGUCAAGAACAGCAACUCGAGGGAACGUUUAGGUUUAUGCAUGAAAGGCUUCGUACGCAUGCUGAGUCAGUUGCUUUCUUUGGUGGUGGUUCUCGUGAAAAAGCUAUGAUUGAGUCAAGAUUUGAGAAGCUUGUGGACCAUUCAUUGUUAAAUUUAAAGAAGAAAUGGAUGUUUGGCAUAUUAGAUGAUUUUAUCACAAAGCAAUUACCUCACAAUGUGACAUGGGGUUUGAGCUUGUUAUAUGCCCUAGAUCAUCAAGGUGACCGAGCCAUGACUUCCACUCAAGGCGAGCUGGCACAUGCACUACGAUUUUUAGCAUCUGUUGUAUCUCAAAGCUUUUUAGCUUUUGGCGACAUUCUUGAAUUACACAGGAAGUUUCUUGAGCUCUCUGGUGGUAUCAAUAGAAUAUCUGAGCUUGACGAGCUCUUGGAUGCUGCGCAUUCAGUUACUAGAGGAUCGUCGACCAACAAGAGGGACUUUCACUCGGAAGAUGUCAUUUCCUUCUCUAGGGUGGAUAUCAUUACCCCAGCCCAGAAGAUGUUAGCAAAGAAGCUGACUUGUGAUGUUUUACAGGAGAAGAGUCUGCUGGUUACUGGCCCAAAUGGGAGUGGAAAAAGCUCAAUUUUCAGAGUUCUUAGAGGUCUUUGGCCAAUUGCAAGUGGAAAACUCACUAAACCAUCACAAAACACCAAAGAAGACCAAUGGGGUUGUGGUAUUUUUUAUGUUCCUCAGCGUCCCUACACAUGCCUUGGAACACUCAGAGAUCAAAUAAUAUAUCCCCUAUCCCGUGAAGAAGCAGAGAUGAAGUCAUCAAAAUUGUAUGCCAAAGGUGAAACAUCUGUGGAUAGUGUUUUGGAUAUGCAUUUGGGAAUUAUUCUACAGCAUGUUCGGUUAAAUUAUCUUUUGGAAAGGGAGGAAGGUGGUUGGGAUGCAAAUUUGAAUUGGGAAGACAUUCUAUCCCUUGGGGAGCAGCAGAGGUUAGGAAUGGCACGCCUGUUUUUCCACAAGCCAAACUUUGGGAUCCUUGAUGAGUGCACCAAUGCCACUAGUGUAGACGUUGAAGAACACUUAUACAAGGUUGCAAAGAGCAUGGGCAUAACAGUCGUCACUUCAUCACAGAGACCCGCUCUAAUACCAUUCCACUCAUUAGAGCUACGACUUAUUGAUGGGGAAGGUAACUGGGAACUUCGUUGUAUUGAGCAGUAAGGUAUUCAUAAUAGUCCAACUGAAUUUAGUUAGUUUAUUUCAUCAUGAUACCCUCUUUGUGGAGCACCAAUAUGAGGGAAAAAAAAAGAUGGUUCUCUAAUAUAUAUAACAUAUACACAAAUUUUUUCUUUUGGGAGAAAGAGGGCCCUCUAUAAAUAAUAUGCAUACGAAUGGUGUAUCAUAUAGCUCAGGGGAUUAGAAAAGGGAAAAAGUUAUUUAUUUAUACGUUGCACUGAACUGUUAAAAUAGCCUGGUAAUAAGAUCUGAGCACAUAAGCACAGGUCAUAGUUGUGUAGGAUAGAGAAAUUAUUUGUACAGGAUUUUAUUAUUUAAUUCAAUUAGCAUGUAAGAUUGGACGAAUCAUCAUAUUUUUAUGGUCCCCAGUGAAUAAAAGGGGGAAAUUAUGAUAUUUAGUUUUUUUUUCAA